AUGGCUCCGGCUCCAGAAAUGAAUGUCCGGGCGAAUCCCGAAGGCCUACACACAUCAGAGCCCGUUGGAGGAACGGUGAUGAGCGUCAUCAUCUGCCUGGUCUCGAUCAGUAUCAUCUCCGGAUUUUUUGUUCAAAGAGGCACAGUAUUGAGAAACUGGAGGAGGAUACCAUUCGUGGUCUGGCUCGUGCUCGCCGUUUAUAUCGAUUCAUACCUUUUCGUCUUCGUCACAGCGGUUCUCCAAUUCGCUCUCGGUGUCAACAAGAACGUACAGAUUUGCGACGGUGCAAUUCUCCUAUGCCUAGUUUGCUAUCUUUCGACAAAAGUCUUGAUUUAUCUCUUCCUUGUCGAGAAAGCACACAUUAUCAGAGGAGCAACGAAACCGAGACUGCAGUCAAAGCUUUACCUAUUCAAUUCGUUUGGCAUGCUUGGCGUCUACGCAGUUAUUGCUAUUCUCAACUUCAUCUUCCGAAUUACACGCAUUGACGAUGGGCAAUGCUACAUCGGAAUGCAGAAGGUCUCGAUGAUUCCUCUCAUCUCCUUUGACGCCGUCGUCAACGUUUACCUUACCAUUCUCUUCCUGAUCCCUCUCAAGAGUCUAUACUCAUUCAAGCAUUUCCCCAAAACACCUGCAAACAUCCGACUUAGAAGCGUCGCCCUCCGCACCUUUGUCGGUGCCCUGUGCACGCUUACCAGCAGCAUUGUUAACUUGACCGUACUCAUGGUCCUUAACGGUGAGCCUGGUUGGGUCUGCCUUAUGUGCUGCAACAGCGACAUCCUUUUCUCUGCCAUUGUUGUACAGUGGGUUACUUCGAAGGAUAACCAAGCUACCAUCGGCUCGUCAAGCGGUAACUCCCGAGGCGAGCCGUUCGCUGAAGACUUCCGCCGUCCGGACGGCGCUCCCUACUCGCCCCACAUCGCACCAAGCCAGAAGCACGUCAUGGGUGAUGUUGGUGAGAUUUCGCUGGACAGCCGACGCUCCAACUCUGCAACUAGCGAUGACAAGAUUUCGUCAGAGGGAGAACGUACGCGCAGGACAUCAUCCGUCGGGUCGGUGCCUGUGAGCGGUGUCUACGUAACAACCACGAUCAAGCGAGAGUCGAAGCCGACGCCAGCCGUUUUCGAGGAGAUGGAUAUUGAAGAAGGGUAUGCGGAGUCGAACAGGUCAACUCGACCGAUCAGCGGGCGCGGUUCGGACUUUGACAAAUACGCCGCUGGCUCACAAACGAAAAUCACGGCCGGAAAGCGCUAA